CUGAGGCACUGAUGUAUUUUUGUCUGUUCUGUUUUUGUCUCCACAGUAUAUGGACAUGGCACAGCUGCAUGUGGAAACUGACGGAAUCUUAAAGUUGGAAGACUAUUUGGAAUAUGGCCAGAACAACACCCAUGAUUAUGAUUACGAUGCAGCAAAUACAGUGAAUAGCCCUACAGUGUUUACAGUGUUUAACAGUACAGUGGAUAAUGUUCCUGUGGAAAGAGGCAGUGAGGCAGUGUGGGUCCCUGCUCUGUAUGCCGUAGUGUUUUUUGUUGGAAUCCUGGGAAAUAUUAUUCUCCUGACAGUUCUGGUUCAAAAAAGGAGACUGUGGAGCCUAUCGGACACCUUUAUUCUCCACCUGAGUUUUGUGGAUGUCCUCCUCCUGUUGAUGCUGCCCUUCUGGGCUGCACAGAUGACUCAGCUUUGUGACUGGUUCUUUGGGACUUUCAGCCAGAUGUUUGGGGUUGUUUUCAAGCUCAACUACUACUGUGGGAUCUUUCUGCUGGUUUGCAUCAGUCUUCAAAACUACCUCUCUGUCAUCCAUGACAUCCAGUUGUAUUCCCACGGGAGGCGCUGGUUAGUUCAUAUCAGCUGCCUGUUAGUCUGGCUUAUCUCUGUCCUCCUCACUGCACCUGACUGGAUUUUCCUGGUGGGUAAAAAUAAUUACACAGAAGAUAAUACUUGUGUUAAUAUCUACCCUCAGUCUGGAACUGACUGGCAGUUGUGGUCACGCCUGCUACACCAUAUAUUUGGCUUGGUGCUACCUGGAAUCAUGUUGAUGAUCUUUUGCUCACAUAUGCUACGGCGGCAGUGCAGCUGUAAUGGCCUCCCAAUCCAGAGAAAUAUCACCGUCAUCCUGUCUCUAGUGGUCGUAUUCUGUCUGUGUUGGAUGCCGUACAACUUCAUACUUGCUUUGGACACUCUCCAGAACAGACUUCAGGAUCCUCCUAACGAUUCACAUGAAAGUUCUGAAAGUUCACUAAAAACACUUCUCAUGGUCACCUCUGCUAUAGGCAGCCUUCACGCCAGCCUGAGGCCUCUGCUGUAUCUCGGCCUGUGUGGAAACUUCAGGCAACACUUACUGGCCAUGCUGAGAUGUAAUAAAACUGAACCAGAAAGCUCACUUUGGGAUCUUGGUGUAGGCCAGAGACAGCAGCCUGAUCGCGGUCAGGUUCAGCAGGAAGAGCUGGAAAAGAUGAUGGCUGUAGAGAAUCAGUCAGCUUAGUAAAGAUGAACAGACAGAAAUGCCCUCUUGUGACUCAGAUGUGAGCAAAAUACUGUUACACUCCUGACUAUGGAUUGACAAUUAAUGAAUUAACACUUUAAUGGCCACACCAAGAAAAACCAUUGAAACUGUUUUUCUUUGUAUUUUUUAUUCCUUUGACUAAGAAUAACAAUAAUUCAAACUGAAUUUAAAUAGACGCCUCUCCCAAACGGUUACCUCUAAUCAACGUAAUCGAUGUAACACAUACCCUAUCUAUGUUUUCAUCUUGUUUUGCUUUUCCUUUCAGCUGGGUUGCCACAGCAGAUUAUCUGCUUUCAUUUUUCCCUAUCCUCAGCAUCCAUCACUGUCACACCAACCCUCUUCAUCGUCUCUUUCACUACAUCCAUAAAUCUCUUCUGUGGAUUGCUCCUGAUUGGCAUCUCCACAUUCAGCAUCCUUUGUCCAAUAUAUCUCCAAUCUCUCCUCUGCACAUGUCCAAAGCAUCUCAGCCAUGUCUCUCUUUGUCUACAAACUGGUCAACCUGAGCCAUCUCUCUGAUGUACUCAUUUCUAGUCUUGUUCACUCAAAUGAAAAUCUGAACAUCUCCAGCUCCUGUCCUUUAGUCAGUGCUGCCGAGUAGCCUUCUGACUGAAAGUAAAAUCAGCAUAAAGGAACAUGUUGACUUAUUUAAUUGUUAAUUUGUUAUUUUAAUUUUAUUUUUGCUUUUAAGAUUUUUGCUUAAAAUGUGUGUUUAUGUCUAAAACAUUUUUUAUAAUGUUCCACAUGUUCUUUAUACAGCUAAAACUUUUACAUCAGCAAAAGUGCCAUUUAUUAUUCCGUCAUCAACAAUAUACAGUAUUUCCAAACUACGUACAUUAUUUUCUUCCCAUAUAUAGUAAAAUGUACCAAUUAUCCAUAUAGUUGAUAGUAAAUUUUUUAAGAGUUGGUUUUAAAUGUGCCAAUUUAAAGAAGUGUUUGAACAUGCUAAAUGAACUGUGUAAAUCUCUGUAGAUUGUGAAUUUCAACUUUGAAAGAUGUAGUGCUUUGUGGAUAGUUUUUAAAACAAACUCUUUAAGAAAUUUUGUGAGGAAAAAACUGCAGUGAAUUUAAUUAUUUCAUUAAUUAGCAAAAAUGUAUUUAUCUUUUAAAAUUGAAAGUAAAAAUCCUCAUUUAAGAGUGCUUUAUAGAAGUAUUCCAAGACAAAGUGUAUGGCCAUGGUUGGCAUCCACAUCGUCUGGAAAUCCUGCUUUUUCCAAAAGCAGCAUGGAUAUCUACACAUCAACAAACUCAGUGUAAUACACUUGAGUCCCCGAAUAAAACAGAUGGAGUUGUAUACCAGUCUUAUUUAAAGGAUUGCUUUUAUUCAGUCACAGUUCUCUGUAACAGAAAGCAUUACAACAUUAAAACAUUCAAUUUUGUACCAGUCACUAGGAAACUGUUACUUACUCUGUACUCUACUGUAACUUUGUACUGUCCACUUUCUGCUGUGGCAAAACAAAUUCCCCACAUGUGGGACUAAUAAAGCUUAUCUUAUCUUAUCUUACACUCAUACUGAUCAGUAUUCAUGCUCUUUGAACUUUUCCACAUUUUUCACAUUGCAAUCACAAACCGAAAUGUAUUUUAUUCAGAUUUUAUCUGAUAGACCAACAUAAAGUGGUGCAAAAUUGUGAAGUGGGAGUAAAAUGAUACAUGGUGUUAAACAUUUUUUACAAGUACAAAUUUGAAACAUGUGGCAUGUAUUUGUAUUCAGUCCCCUGAAUCAAUACUUUAUCAAACCACCUUUUGCUGCAAUUACAGCUGCAAGUCUUUGCAGGUAUGUCUGUACAAGCUUUGCAUAUCUACAGACUAUAUUUUUUGCUCAUUCCUUUUUUUCAAAAUGUCAAUAGAAAAUUGUAGUCAGUAUAAUCUUUUAAUAAUAUAAGUUUGCAUAUGAUAGAAUACUGCAUGAUGACCUCUUUAUAACUCAGACUGUUUUGAUUCACUGUGACCCGUUAUCAUGCAGGGAAGGAGCAGUACCUGCUAGAUAAGAGCUUAAUGAGCAGUUUCACUUUGUACCAGGUAGAGGAGCCUCUCCUGGCACACGCACACACGCCACACACACACACACACAUAUAUCCGCACAUGCUCACGCAUCAACAUUCCAUUGAACAAACGUAUUACUCUUCUUGUGUAUAA